UUGUCUAUUUAUUCCAAUUAUGGAAUAAAAAUAUAAAAAAUAUCGCCGUUUUAUUUUAAAAGAAGCGCAAUAAAAUAAAACAUAAAAACACGCAUUUUCUUUGUGUGUUUUAAAAAUGGGGUUCUUUUUUAUGGAAAUUGGAUAGGGGGGAGGAAGGAUUGAAGAAUGGGAAGGAUUGGAGAGGGGUUAUAGGGAAGGAGAUAUAUGUGGGGAAGGGGGAUGAUGAAGAUAAGGUGAAGGGUUGGAUAAUGACGGGGGUUAGAGUAAGGGGAAGGACUGCAUGGGGAGAAGGUCUGCUUGGGGAGAAGUGGGAGUGGAUGGGGAGGAAAGGGUGGAUGAUAGCUUGGGGAGGGUGGGGGUUAUUGAGGGGUAAAGGAAGGGAGGAAGGAGUAGGGGGUGGAUAUUGAAGGGUUAGAGGGGUUAUGGAAGGAGAUAAUGGGUGAAGGACUGCAUGGGCGUAGGAGGUGGAUGAUGGCUUGGAGAGGGGUUAUUGAGGGGGAUAGGGGAAGAGAAGGGCUACUCUGGUCAGUCAGUUUUAGUAAUUAAACUCUCUCGCCUUGCUUUGCUUCUCUUUUUCCAAAAAAAAAAUUAAUUUUCUCCCUAAAAUUAAUUAAUUAAAUUCUCAAAAAAUGUAUUAUUAUUGCCUCUAUUCUCUUUUUAAGCCUAAAAAAUUUUUCCAAUUAAUUGUCAUAUUUUUGGCAACAAUUUCUCUAUUUGUCCUAAUUUAUUCCCCUUUAAUCUUCACUUUUUGUAAAACCAAAAAUGAAUCUAAAAAUAAUUUUUUUAAUAAUCUACUAUUUUUAACAACUCUAAAUUUGUCUAAAAUUGUCUUUAUUUGCUUCAUUUUUAUUCUACUUUUAUUUAUUUUAUUGUUAUUUUUACGUUUUGUAGUUGAUGACAAGUGGAAGAAUGAUUUUCAAAAGGCUGAUGAAUUGCACAAAAAUGAGGUUGAUGAUGUUCGUAAUUUGCUUCAAGCUGAGCAACAAACAAAAUUGGAACAAUUACAACUUGAAUUUGAGCAGACUUUAAAAGAAUAUGAGAAUAAAGUGGCUGAAAUGAAGUCUCAAUUUGUUGAACAAGAAGAGAAGCAUUUACUUAAUGAAUCGCAAAGGAAUCGGAGAUUAAUGGAUGAAUUAACCAGCCGCUCUUACGAACUCCAAUUAAAAAAUGAAGAGCUAGCCAAAUUACGCAGUGAGAAUCGCGAGUUACAAUUGAAAGUUGAAACAAUAGCAGAAAAGGAUGUUCAAAUAAUUAAAUUGGAAAAUAAAAAUUCAGAGCUUAGAGAAGGUGUUUAUCGUCUAAAACAAAUUGAAAAAAAUUUGAUUUCACAAAUUGAUGUUUUGAAUCAUCAACUUAGUCAGGCUAUUAACAAAACUAAAGAAAUUGAGAAAGACAAGGAAAUUUUGGAAUAUCGUUUGACUGAUGAUUUCAAAUCGCCUCGUUCUUCAACUACAACAACUCCUUCAAACUUCCACACUCGAACACCUUUAAUUACAACAGCAGAAAGGCCAAAUUCUUCAUGUUUGUCGUUGGGACGUUCUCAGCCUUCUCUUGAAAAUGAUAUGGCAAAAUCGGUCGAUUCAGCUUUGUCUUUAGUUAAAUGCUACCAACAAGAAGGACGAUCAAAAUCGCAAAAUACUCCUACCAAAAUUUAUACUCCACGGGAAUGCUAUGAAUGUGAGUUUGCGUGA